GGGCGGUGCCCUCCCCCCAACCAGGUAGGAGCACCAGCGGUGGGCACGUCACCCAGCAGCGCGCGCACAGAGGGGCAGCGCGCAGAGCAGCGGAGACUAACACGCGCACACGCGCACGCGCGCACUCUUUCCACCGCCUCAUCGGUCCCGAGCAGCAGCGACGGAGCCGAAAACAGCCGGAAGUUCCAUCUGGACACAUCGAAACAGGGAAGUUGGAGACGGGGGAGAGACGGAGAGAGGGAGGGACAGACCGGCACAGAGGACCAUGUUCAGCUGGGUGAAGCAGGAGCAGGGAGGACGCAACAAGGACGGAGAGAUGUACCAGACGGUGACGGAGGGCCUGCAGAGCCUCUACCUGAAGAAGCUGCUGCCGCUGGAGGAGACCUACCUGUUCCACGACUUCCACUCGCCCGCCCUGGAGGCCGCCGACUUCCAGAGCAAGCCCAUGGUGCUGCUGGUGGGCCAGUACUCCACCGGGAAGACCACCUUCAUCAGGUACCUGUUGGAGCAGGACUUCCCGGGGAUGCGGAUCGGUCCGGAGCCGACCACCGACGGCUUCAUCGCCGUGAUGUACGGCGAGAACGAGGGCAUCGUCCCCGGCAACGCCCUGGUGGUCGACCCCAAGAAGCCCUUCAGGAAGCUCAACGCGUUUGGAAACUCCUUCCUCAACAGGUAAGAACAUGCAAGGACACGCAAGGACACGCAAGGACACCCAAGGACACCCAAGGACACCCAAGGACACCCAAGGACACCCAAGGACACGCAAGGACACGCAAGGACACAUCUCUGAUGGACAACAUGUGGAGACUCGUACCUCAUACUCAUAAAGUACCUUUAAUCAAACCCUAUAAAGUAUCACACGUGUUACAAUAACACAGAAUAGUGUGUGAACAUUAGAGCAUUUACACACACACACACACACACACACACACACACACACACACACCCUGGCAGCUCCUCUCACUGCUUUCACCCACGACCAGUAAAGUGACCUCUCCUCCUGAUUGAUAUGUAAACACACACACACACACACACACACACACACACACACGCUGUGAGUUGGGAGCGAGGGUUUAAAUUUAGCUGGAACACUUCUAAAACUAUUUCCUCUGUCCUGAAAUAUUUUUAAGAGUGGCAGCAGGACGUGGAGACAGCAACCCUCUGUGUGUGUGUGUGUGUGUGUGUGUGUGUGUGUGUGUGUGUGUGUGUUCAAGGGUUUCCUUUAACCAGGAAUCCCGCCCGUCCCGCUGUGAGGGAGGAACCACAGUGACUUAUUGUUUCCAGGGGGGACGUGUGUCACACGUGCUCCACGCUUUGUUUUUUCAUGUCAGGACGACAUUGGUCACACACACAGGAAACGCUCUAUA